GUAGAGAUUAUCAAAUGAGAGACAGGAGACUCAGUGCUUCUGCAAAAUACCCUAGUUUAGUUAGGAGCAAGACAAGAGAGUCUGAGUUAACCCCAUAACGCAGUUAAACCAGUUAAUUAGGAAAAAAUGCGAUUUAAAAAUGGGAUAAAAGCGAUCGCCACGAGUUGAAUUGAAAAGAGUCAGAUCAGAAUCAGAUCCGGUGGCAUUUUGUGAUGGCCAGAGCGUCCAUAUUCAUUUACAUACUCGUGGCGGCGGUGGUGCUCCUCUUCCUCUCCCAUUCUCCGAUAAAGCACUCCGGCCACCGUCACCGCCGCCUCAAGCUCCGCUCCAACUUCACUCUCGGCCCCUCGCGCCACCACGCGGUGGCCUUCGACCCUCUGGUGGCGGAGCUGGAGCGGCACCGCGAGGACAAGGAAUGGGAGAAGAAGGUCAUCCAUCAGGCCCAUCCGGAACUGGACCCGGACCCGGCCCCGGCCCACGAGUCCCAGCCCGAGUGGGAGGACUUCAUGGACGCGGAGGAUUACCUGAACGACGAGGACAAGUUUAAUGUGACCAACCGCUUGAUUCUGCUCUUCCCCAAGAUCGAUGUGGACCCCACCGAUUGGUUCGUCACCGAGCACGAGUUGACUCAGUGGAACCUCCAGCAGGCCCAGCGCGAGGUCCUGCACCGCACGCAGAGGGAGAUGGAGCUCCACGAUAAGAACCACGAUGGCUUCGUUUCCUUCUCCGAGUACGAUCCUCCCAGUUGGGUUCAAAAUGCAGAUAAUGAGUCUUUCGGCUAUGAUAUGGGUUGGUGGAAAGAAGAGCAUUUCAAUGCAUCCGAUGCUGAUGGAGAUGGUCUUCUCAACUUAACUGAAUUCAAUGACUUUCUGCACCCGGCUGACAGCAAAAACCCUAAGCUUCAUCAAUGGUUGUGCAAGGAGGAAGUCAGGGAAAGAGAUACAGAUAGAGAUGGGAAGGUUAACUUUAAAGAAUUUUUCCAUGGGCUGUUUGAUUUGGUAAGAAACUAUGAUGAAGAAAAUCACAAUGAUUCUCAUCAUUCUGAUAAUUCAAUGGAUGCUCCAGCUAGAGUGUUGUUUUCUCAGCUUGACAAGGAUGGGGAUGGAUUCUUGUCAGAUGUUGAACUAAUGCCCAUAAUUGGGAAACUCCAUCCAUCUGAGCAUUAUUAUGCAAAGCAACAAGCAGAUUAUAUCAUUUCACAGGCAGACGAGGACAAGGAUGGCCGCCUUAGUUUGACUGAGAUGAUAGAGAACCCGUACGUAUUUUAUAGUGCUAUUUUCAAUGACGAUGAAGAUGAUGAUGGUGAUUACCAUGAUGAGUUCCGGUAAAUUCAUGUUAGGAUUAUAAUCAUCGAUUGCAGGAUACGAAGAAAAGUUUCUCUAUAAUGUUUUAGUGACAAGGAAUCAGUAUUUGAAGAUAAUUACACGACAGAAUUUUGAUGUUUCGGCCCUUAGUAGGUUCCUAGUCUCUAUCCUGGUGGGUUUUUUGUACGAUGGCGACAUUUAUUGCUUCUUUCCAUUCAUAUUAUCUGCGAGUUCUUAUUUGCUGAUAGGAUCCACCGUGGCUUGUCGUAUAGUCACACAUCUGGAUCAGUUGGAGGAUGAUAGGAUCACAACUUCAUUGUAUAAUUUGUAGAAUAAUAUACAAUUUUUCAAAUCACUGAUUCAGCCAUUAUUAAUUAAGUAGAACAUCUCAAUUCUCAAUGGAUAAUACAUGUACCAUAUUACUAUAAUGACCGUUAUGAUCCUAGUAGCACUGUUAAAAUAA